CAGCGCCCCGCCUCGAUUUGAUAUAAACUGGCCUAUAAUGGCGGUCACUAGAAGUCGCUGUCGUAGCACGAACAUGCUGAAGAAAAUGCACUUUUUAUUGGUCUUAUAUGUACUUUGUCAUCUUUUGCAAAAAGCAGAAUCUGGUGAGAACAACCCAAUUGGAAAAUCUGAAUUUUCAGGUUGUGAAAUUCAAAUGGAUGUUGAAAGAGUUCCUACUGUUCUUUUUAAUGAACAAAAGCAAAAGUGGCUCAUUACUAGUAAAGAACUUGAAAAUAAAUUUGUUAAAGGGUUUAAAGAAUUAGAAAAGUGCAAUUAUGCUGAUGCACUGGAAACUUUUGAUGAAAUUCUAGAGAAUGAAUCAAGUGAUAUUUUGUGGUUGGCUCAUCUUGGAAAAGCAGUUUCAUUAGCAAGAAAAGCAACAAUGAUAAAUAAAAGCACUGAAGAGGCAAUGAGAAAUAUAGAGAGGGCUCUGCAGAUGAAACCUGGUCAUGUUUUAUGUUUACAGGCAAUGGCAGAAGUUCAGUUUCGAUCUGGUGAUCUGAAGAAGUCGUUUGAAACUUCGAAAGCUGUGAUUGAUAUCCAGCCCGACGGACACGCUCAUGUAAUGGCAGGAAUCAUUGCUUUCAAAAAUGCUAUUUAUUGGAACGCAAUGCAGUACCUGAAGACUGCAUUGAAGUAUGAAGCUGGAAACCACCCUGUUGUACAUCAGUGCUUGGGUGAAUCAUUCAUUGCUUUAGGAAUGUUGAAGGAUGGUAUAGCUGCCUUGCAAGAUUGUCUAGAGAUUCAGCCGGAAAACUCAGACGCCCUGAAAGCCAUUGGAGAUGCUUUCAAGGAACUUGGUGACGACAAACUCGCUUUACAGUAUGUAAAUUCGGCACUGAAAUUGGAUAGGAGGGACCUCAAGGCUCUAAUGAUAAGAGGACAUGUCCAUUUUUCAUCUGGACGGGUGCAUGAAGCAAUUGAAGACUAUAGUACCUGUUACCAGUUGGAUCCAAGUCAGUAUGGGUGUCAGUACAUGAAAGCACUUGGGCUUGCUACCAUUGGAAGAUUUUACGAGAGUGUUAAAGAAUCUACACAAGUUAUGGUGUCAAAUCAAGGCUCAACAUUUGUUCCUGAAUAUAGUCAGUCUUUUUAUUUGCGAGAAUUUUCCCGCUACUUGCAUUCCCACCUGGACACUCCACUUCACGAAUACAGGUUUGACGAAGAUAUUGCAGAUAAUCUGCGGGAGACGUGGGUUAAAAAUCUUCCUUGGAGUGGAAAGAACUACACAGAACAACCAGGGAUUGAGCCCCAGAUUAAUGAUGUGGAAACAAUUAAUUUCAAAGAAUUAUCCAAUGAUGCAAAGAUUCUCCUGUGUCGGUCUUCGGCGUUUGAAGAAUUGAUGCAGUACCACAGCGAUGGGUUUAUGCCCAAUUGGCGCACAAACAAAGCAAUGGGGCUGGCGGUGCUUGAUGUUGCCCAGACGGCUUUGAUGUAUUGGAAAUCACCAGUAAGUCUACGAAGUAGGAAGGGCAAGCGAUUUAGCUGGAGAGAUAUCUAUGAUGUUGCUAUCAAAUGGCGCAAACUUGUGUCUAUGUGGUACCCAGUUGUAUGGCUAGAUUUGUUCCCAAGAAAUGUCAUCGAAAGCGGACUGACAAACCACAUUCUUUUUAGCGCUGGAUAUCAUCAAAUUCCAAGAUAUGUUCCUUAUUUUCCAAAAGUGUUUGAAUUCGCAAAGGCGAUGAUUAAGAAUAUUUUUAUACAAAAAUUGUCUCAGAGAGCUCAAGAGCAAAUACAAAAAGCUUCUGAUGUUAAAGAGUUUGUAACAGUGCUACGGAAAGCAUCGCCUUCUCUUCAUGCUGCCUUUGCAGUUGCAUUGCAAAUACCAAGCACUAGAAGGAAAUCUUCUCAAUUAGAUGGAGCUUUGCUGACAUUGUCUGGCCAAAGGGAAGAUGAAAUGUCUUUUGUGUUAGAGAGUGUUUCAAAACCCGCCAGAACAAACCAGUUCCAUUCUGAGCUAGAAUAUUUAUGGGGAAAGCUAGCAGAAGAUGUUUCGAAGCAUAGAAGUAGCAAAGAGUCCUCAAGCGACAUAAACACAGUUUUGACAAUGUUGUACUACUUUUAUAACUUUAUACCACUUUCUAAAGGCAGCAGUGCUGUGGCUUACAGUGUCGCCUUAGGACUUCUAUUAGCGAUAGGACAGGAGGUCACUGGGCCUAUCCCUAUUGGAAAGCAACCUGAUAUAGAAGCUCUUCUAAGUGGUUCGCCAGACGCAUUUAUUAAAGGCAUCACACCUUGGCUUGGGCUGCACCGCAUUCCAAUUCAACAAAUCCAGUCUUUGCCGUCUGUUCGUGACACAUUUCCAACUUCAAGAGCUGUCUUAGAGGCUUUGAAUUCUGUAACCGAGGACGAAUUUUGUAGGAAAAGGGUCCAAGGCUAUGUCAAACGUCUUCCAUAGGAACGGCUAUCUCAAAACUUCGUGAGAAACAUUCUCCCAAACCACUUAAGGAAUACUUUUGGUCCAGACCAUAAAACAAUCAUUGCUUACAUGGGUUGGAAUUUUUCAUAACUGUGUUAAAUUGUCUGAUCCUACUGUUUGCUUAAAGGACCUUGUUUCAAUUUGCCAGGUUAAUUGAAAAUUAUCAUGUACCAAUAUCGUUAUCGAGACUCAAUAGUAUUUAGAAAACCCUUUCGCACUUAUGGAAUUUAAAUGUUUUUUAUCAAAACGCCAUAUAGGUUCCCUUUUCUUUAUCAAAAUCCAUUGAUUUUCCCCAUAUUUGGAACAAAAGUUUUUCUAAAACUCGCAUGAUUGGUGGGAGAUUCUUUCUGACGACUUACAACAAAAGGACGUACACCUUCACUUAUUUUCGUAAGAGUUGACAAUUUCUAAUGUUGGAUUUUCUGUACUGCUGUGAAUGGCUAUCAGAAACUCUGUUGAUUGA